CGGUACUGAACGUCGCGCGUUUCACUCUCAGCGACGCGUCGCGCUCGACUUCAAUUGCCUGUCGGAACAGUCUCACCUACGUGUAUCCUUCCUCCUGCAAAAUGGUGCAAUACGGUGGAGACGAGGUCUCUGCACUCGUAGUGGACAUCGGAACGUCCUCCGUACGCGCGGGAUAUGCAGGUGACGACACACCCAAAGCAAUAAUCCCCACGGCGUAUGGCUUCAUUGAAGAGUCAAGCGAAACCCAACCCGAGGGUACGACUGGAGACGGUGACGUCGCAAUGGGAGAAGCCGGUGCAGGGGAGAAUGGCGAAGCAGCAAACAGAAACCCUGCCAAGAAAAAGGCGAAGCUUUAUAUCGGACAGAAUGGCCCAUCUAUGUGGCGCGAGAAUAUGCAAGUUGCGAAUCCCGUGCAGAAUGGACUCAUCACGGACUUCGAGCCUAUACCCGCUCUGAUUUCCCAUGCGCUUGAAGUUGUGAUGCGUUGUAGCCCUUCCGAACACCCGAUUCUUGUUACCGAGCCUGCAUGGAAUACUCCAGCAAACCGGGAACGAAUGGCUGAGAUCAUGUUCGAGGAAUUCAACGUCCCCGCGUUCUACAUCUCAAACACGGGCGUGUUGAAUGCCUUUGCCGCAGGCAAAGGUUCUGCGUUUGUUAUCGACAUAGGCAGUUCAACAGCGAGUGUGGCACCUGUGAUCGACGGUUUCGUCAUGAGACGAGGCCUAACACAUUCAGCAUUACCACAGUUCGUCCACGCGCAUGCGAAACAUUUGCUGACCACGUCGAGCCCCAGAGUCGGACGUCCUGCCAUUCAACUAUAUUCACAUCAACUCAUCGCCAACAGACAGCCUGUGGACGUUGGGUUGCCACCAAAGUUCGAGCUUCGUCAAGAUCGCAUAGCAGGCACGACGGAAAGCUGGAGGCUCUGGAGCGAAGCGAAGGAAGUGGACGAAUGGAUGCAGAGUGUAGCAGGCGUGCUCGACCAGGGUUGGAACGAACAAGCGGCGAAUCUACGAGGAGCAAGACACUACGAAUUUCCGACAGGGUACAAUUUUUCCUUCACGGGCAUUGAACGCUACAGUGUCGGCGAAUAUUUCUUCACGCAUUCUCCCCAACUCAUGGCCACAAAUCCGAACCUUCCCAAAACCAUUCCUGCCCUAAUAGCCAGCUCCCUCAACGCUUGCGACGUGGAAAUUCGGCAGGUGCUCAUGGGCAAUGUUGUCCUGACAGGCGGAGGAAGCUUGUUCUCCGGUAUUGUAGAUCGCUUACAGAACGAGCUGACAAGACAAUUCCCUCAUGCCAAGAUACAUGCCCCCGGAAACCCUACAGAACGGCGGUUCGGCGGCUGGCUGGGCGGCAGUAUCCUUGCUAGUCUGGGCACGUUCCAUCAAUUAUGGAUCAGCAAGGAGGAGUGGCAGGAACACGGCAAGGCUAUUGUCGGGCAACGUUGCAAAUAAGAAAACUAUCUCUUGCUGCACAUGCAGUUGUGCAGUCUGCGUUUGCUUCGAAGAGCACCAGGUUACUACGGGUCGCCGCAAGAUCUGAAACAGCGUCACGGACAGCCUCAUCAUGGCCGUGUCUGUUGAUCUGGCCAGCAGAAUCACGUAUCCUAACUCCCUGACAUAGGGCGUGAUCAACUUGGAUCAGACCAUGAUAUAUUGAUCACCGAUCAGAUUUUAUCGCUUAACCGUGAAAUGGUUCUGACCUGGGCAAAGGCGACUUAAUUGCAUGAAUGUGUACAGGAUACAAACGCAACGCCAAAUCCUGAUGAGGUAGAGCUCCUGUCACUGAGAGAAUGUCCCCUCCUCAGCAAUUAUCAACCUGGAUUUUUCUCG